AGUGGGGGCUGGACUCCGGGGGUUCCCCCGUGGGCCUGGAGCGGCCAUGUCUGAUUCGGGCGCCGUCCCGGAGCUGGGCGCAGCCAUGACAGGAGCGGGCAGAGCCGGGCGGGGUGAAGCGCCAGCGGGGCAGGCCAGGUUCCAGUGCUCGGACGGGGAGAGGCCCUUCAGAGGCCAGCAGGGCCGCCGGGGGAUGGGGGCCGGCGGGAGGGGCGAGGGGCCCCGGGCCCAGGCCGGGCCUGGGCGGCAGGCUUCCCGGCGGCCCGGGAUGCGGCGGGGGAGGCGCCGGCCGCGGGCUCCCAGACCGCGGUGGCCCCGAGCAAAAGGCGCCCGUGUCACCCCUAGAGCUGGGAGCCCACGGCUGGGGUCGUGAGACUGGUUUCCCCUGUGUCCUUCUGUGCAGAGAGGGAAGAUUCCAAAUGUUGGGUCCAUCCAUUCAGUACAGUCCUGGACAAUGCCUUCGUUUUUUAUUUUCUUCUUUUAAAUAGGCAAAGCAAACACAAAAGCCUAAAUGGUUCUUCUGCAUAGUUUAUUACAAGGCUAUCUACAGAUUGUCAUGAAAUGGGCAUUUUAUCCUACUUGUGUAGUGCUUCUUAUUUGCACACCUCAUACGAUAGAGCAUUGUGGAGUUCUAUCCAAGAUUUAUGCUAUUCCGUGGUUUUCACUGAAGAUUUCUGUGUGGGAACAAUAUGGAUCCUCCAUUGCUUUCACAGCCUGAUUUUGAGUUAUGUUCUCCAAGAUUUCAACCUCAUUGCUUAAUCCUUUAAAAACACAAACAAACAAAAACUUUAGCUGAUAUUGGCAGUGCUUUGUAUUUUCUUGGUCCAGAGGUGCUUGUUAGAAGAAUGUUAUGUUUUCUGCUAGUUAAGUCUCAGUGGAAUUGAAUGGGAGAUGUAUUCCUGGUGUCCUGGAGCUGCUUGUGCAUCUUUUUCACGUGCAUUAUAAAAGUUGGCUGUUUGCCACUCUCUUCUUAGAUGGUCUCCUAGAGCUGUAGAAGGAUUGUGGCACACUGAAAGAGGGUACAAUAAAGAGACAGGUGAAAUUUAAUAUUGCUAAGUGUGAAUUAGUGAAUUUGGAAAAGCAACCAUAACUAUACAUACAGAUUGACGUACUCUAGAUAAGUUAUUACCAUUCAAAGAAGAAACUUUGCAGUCACCGCAGAAAGUUCUAUGAAAAAUCAUGUCAACGUGCAAUUCUAUUCAAAAUGUAAAUAUAACAGAAGUAUCCAGUUGCUUCUUGAAUACUGAAUGGUGUAGUGCUCCUCAAUUUUAAAAACAACUGUAAAAUCAGAAAUGAUACAGAAAAUGAUGACUAGACAGCUGUGGCUGAGAAUGGCUUCUUUUGGUGGACAAGCUAAAUAGACGAGAAUGCUUCACCUUGGGAAGAGACGUCUUAAGUGGCGGUAUGAGAGACGCAUGGGGAAGGUGACAUGAAUUCUUACAGUAAAAGAACAAAUGAUUGGGUAGAAAUUUGAAAACAAAAAUUGCACUUUUUCAUAUUGUACAAUUAGAUUCAUGGUUCCAAGGAUGAUACAGGUAGCCAAAAGUAUAAGUUUCAAGAAAGCAAUUAGAUAAAUCCAUAGAAGGAAAGUCUAUAAAAUACAGCUAACAAAUGCACACCAAACCCCUGGCCCACAAAGCCCUUACACUACAAAUUGCUAGGCUAGUAUCCUAGGGAAGUGUAAUUCUGUACUGUUUUAUAGGCUUUCUUUAAGCAGCUCUGUUCUCAAAGCUUUGCCUGUCAUUAACCUCUUUGCCUUAAUUCUGGCAGUCUGGCAAGCAAUUUAACACUGGCAUUCUUUUACACUAUGCCGAAACAUGGUGCUGGGUUUUGUGCCACCACAUGAAUAUCUGGGUGUAGGGGGGGUAGAAGUGUUUGGGUUGGUGGUGUGCAUCCCUGUGUGCCCUUCACAGUGGGCCUGGGAGUUUAUUCCCAGCAUGGUUUUCUUUCCAGCAGCCUUGGGCCAAAGCUUGAGUUUUAAGUGAAAAUGGAUUUUCGUGUGGCCUGUGGUGCAGAGAUCAGGAGGCCUUUGGUAAAACAGCAAAACAAAGAUAAAACACAGCACAAACCAUUAGAAGUUUUGCAGCUAAACAUGGUGAAGAUGUCUGCUACAUAAAUGUUAAUUUCAGGAGUGUGAUUUCCCAGAAAUGUGGCCAAAAUAAGUGUAUAGAUACUAGUUUAUCAAAUAUUAUAAGACUAGUAGCAUUUAAACUGCUAUUUUUUUAAAUAGUGACUUCUCAGUGAAGACUGAUGUGGGAGUUUACUGCUAUGCAGUAGCCAGUUACUGAGUCUCUAAAAAUUCUAAGUGUUUACUCUGAAAAAAUGUACAGUUCGUGCCUCAUAAACAUGCAGAAGAGUCAUUUGGGCUUUUACUUUGCUUUUUGCUUUGCUUAUUUAAGAAAAAAAAAAUAAGGCAUUGUCCAGGAAUGUACUUAAUGGAUAAACCCAGCAUUUGGAAUUUUCCUUCUCUGCACAGAAGGUACAGGGGAAACCAGUCUCACAAAAAGACUCAUUAGAUAACUCAAAGGUUAAUCUCAAUAUGAGGAUUUUUACGAAACAGUCCAAAUACUAUUUCAAAUGGUGUUUUUUUCACUGAAAAUGCCCUGGCAAAACAUCUGACCUGAACACUCACCCAGUACUGAGAACCUGUUGUUGUGAAGAGCUACUUUUUAAUUAUGUAUGAUCUAUGUAUGCACCACUUAUGUCAAGCUUUGUUCCCUGCAUGGUGUCCAGAGCUUGUGCUGACCUGAGCUUAUUCAGCAAUGUACAAAAAUGCCUUGGGGGCAUUCAGUGGAUUUUCUGAAGAGGAGAGUCUGAGGAAUACCAGUGCUGGACAACCCUGCAGAUACUUUAUGUUACUUGAGAGUCACAAUGAAACUAAGUGCACAGCUGUGGCAAUGAAAACAAGUGCAAAGCAAAGACUGGCCCCCCAGACCACUGUAGUAUGUUUUCUAGAGAAACAGUUGUGCUAGUAAUGGCUAGGAUUUACAGGGAGCGUUUUGGACAGGUUAUUUAGGAAGACACGAUUGCCAUAUAAACAAGGAAUGUUCAGGGUCUGUGAAAGAUCAUAGCUAUCUAGUCACACCCUGGGCAGAAAACCAAAAGGGAGAUCUGAGAGGGGCUGCAGAGCUUUGUAGAACUGCAGAAGAAGUAGUAGAGAUAUGGAAUACAAGUGGAAUUCAUAGUUCUUGCCAAAGUGUUUUGGAGACAACAUGCAUACCAUUGCAGGAGGGAGGCUUUUAUAAUUACACUGAUCACAUUUUUAGGACUGUAUAUGGGUGUAACUUUAAUAACUGAUAGACUGGUGCAGUUUUAUAAUAGUAAACCUGAAACGAUAAUAUAAAUGGUAACUUGCAUUAAGAUUUUAGCCAACUUGUGGUGGCCAGCUGAGUCUGUAUGUCAUGAUAAACUUCAGUGUGAACAUCCUCCUGGACGAGCUGAUGGAGUAUUGGCUAGAUAGGUGGGCAGCGAGGUGGAGUUCAGUGAGUGGCUGAACUGCUGCGCUCAGAGGGUGGCGAUCAGAAGAAACAAGUCCAGCUGUAGACCAGUCACUAGUGGUGUUCAGCUGUGGUUACCAGUGGUUCCAGUCCUGUUUAACUCUUCAUUAACAACCUGGAUGACGAAGGAACGUGCACCCUCACAGGUCAUAUCUAAAACUUCAAAUAUGAGUCAUUCUAAGCUUUCCGUCAGGGUGCAAGAACAUUCUUAGCACACCCGUGCACAUACAGGAAGAAAGCAGUUCCUAAAAUGUCAUGAGUUUCUUUUUUCCGUCACUCCAGAGACAGGACUGAUGGCACUUGCUCCCUGGCACACUGAAAUACCAACUUCACCUGGAAUGCCUCGACUCCUGGGUAAUAGCAGUUCACAUGAGCAGGCUCCUGUAUAUUAUGCAUCAGAGUCCAUUGUCUCCAUUGCUAUCUUCAUCAUCAUUUUUAUCAUAGGUAUCCCGGGCAAUGGACUGGUGAUCUGGGUAGCUGGUCUGAAAAUGAAAAGGUCUGUGAACGUUGUCUGGUUCGUAAACCUUGCUGUGGCCGACUUCAUGUGCUGCUUGUCCUUGCCAUUUUCCAUUGUUCACCUGACCCUCCAUGAACACUGGCCAUAUGGUUGGUUCCUCUGCAAAGUCAUUCCAUCAGUCAUAAUCUUCACCAUGUUUGCUAGCGUCUUCCUACUCGUGGCCAUCAGCAUUGACCGGUGCCUCCUUGUGAUGAAACCUAUCUGGUGUCAAAAUCAUCGAACAGUGAAAUUUGUAUCAGUAAUAUGCAGUGCCAUUUGGAUCCUGGCCUUUAUUUUCUGCUGUCCUGUCUUCUACUACCGUGAGACUAGCACUCAUGAUGGCAAAACUGAGUGUGGAUACAGUUUUGGAGAUGACGAGGUGCUAGAUUAUAUGGAUUAUCCUGUAAAUGAGUUAUUGGAACAAUACUCACCUUCAGCCUACAACGGUAGUGACUCAUGGGGAAAUUUCUAUGAAGGUUAUUCUGUAUCCCUUGCCUUACUGGUAAUAGGCAUCACUAGGGCUGUCUUUGGCUUUGUACUCCCCUUUGGCAUAAUGGCAGUUUGCUAUGCCCUUAUUGCUUUUAGAAUGCGUGCAAAUCAGUUUCACAAGCCACGCAACAGGGUACUGCAAACAGUUGUGCUUGUGAUAGCUGCAUUCUUCAUCUGCUGGGCUCCCUACCAUGUAGUUGGGAUUCUGUCCCUUGUACCUACUCUUGGAACAGGACUGAAGGAGUCACUGAUCCUCUGGGAUCACCUCUCUACAGCACUUGCAUAUGCCAACAGCUGCAUCAACCCCCUGCUCUAUGUUUUCGUGGGACAGGACUUCAGGGCAAAGACGUGGCAAACAGUGCAAGGAAUCUUGGAAGGUGUCUUUACUGAGGCACCAACACGUUUGGUCCCUUACUCCCUUAACAGAAGCAAGACUUCAACAGAGAAGGACGUUAGCAGCACAGUGUAAUGUGGGACUUCUGAUCACCAUGGUAGAAAGAGCAAGCUGUGGCCCUGCACAUCAAUCACUCUCCACUUAAAAGCUUUUUUUGCUCAGUCACUUUUGAUUAAUCUGCAGAUCCACACACAGAGCACUGAGAUGGUUCACAUGAGAACAGCUAACCCCCUUUAUAUCCUAUUUUAGAGAGAUGGGAAGUUGGAAGUACCAAGAGUAAUAAUCUGAGGGAAGACUGGUGAAGCAGGAGACACAGACUACUUAAACCUCUAAAGAAGAAAACAGCUUGCAGAAUGAUUUUUGGUGGGAUCAUGUAGUUUAACCUCUGAAACCUCUGAAUUGCUAGAGAACGCCAUUAGAGUUAUCUGCAUAUAUCUGUGUUCCACAUCUCCUGUCUGAUAAACUGCAGAUGAAACUAA